AGGACAUGGUGGGAGAUGGGGAAAGAGGCCAGAGAUGGGAGGAACAAGUGGCCAUUCACUUGUGGGUCCCACCCUUGAAGCUCCCACCCCUUUACUGCUCCAAGCUGUCAGGGACACACACAGGCCGGCCCAGUCGCUGGCCAACCUCAAGGGCAAUGGACAGCCUCGUUUGUGCCCUCUGCUUUAUAGCACUCAGCACCCUCAAGGGGGAGCCGGUGGGGAUUGCAGGUGGGGAAAUAGGCUCAGAAGGGUGUCCAAGGUCUUGCAGUGUGUCAGGGGCAGAACUGGGACUGGCACUCAAGUCUCUGGGUGCCCUUGCUUGUCAUGAACCCCAGAGAAAGGAUGUGGGAAGAGGAGUGGAUGGGACACUAACCUCUGACCUUGUCCCAUUCCCCAGGGCACAGGGGAGAGCUCCCAAGGACCAGGGGAAGCAGAGGCUCCCAAGAAGGGCCUGGUCCAGAUGGAGGAGAACUCCAUCUACUCCUCCUGGCAGGAAGGUGAGUCGGGGAGGUACAGGGGCAGCCUCAGCCCUAGCACAAACAGGGCUGGGAUCUUUCCGGGACCCCCCGGGGGGCUGUGCUUGUGGCCCUCACGGCGCCGUGCCUGCAGUGGGCGAGUUUCCAGUGGUGGUACAGAGGACGGAGGCAGCCGCCCGCUGCCAGCUGAAGGGGCCCUACCUCCUGCUGCUGGGCCAGGACUCCAUCCAGCUGAACGAGCCCGCCAGCCCCCAGGCGCUCUACACCUGGCCCUACCGAUUCCUGCGCAAGUUCGGCUCCGACAAGGGCGUGUUCUCCUUUGAAGCCGGCCGCCGCUGCGACUCGGGCGAGGGCCUCUUCGCCUUCAUCAGCCCCCGCUCCCGCGACCUAUGCGGGGCCGUAGCCGCCGCCAUCGCCCGCCAGCGGGAGCGGCUCCCGGAGACGGCGGGGCCCCAGCCCUGCCCCCUGCCGCGGGCCACCUCCCUGCCCUUGCUGGAGCCUCCGGGGGAGCUGCGGGAGGUGCCCCCGGGGCCCGAGGCGCCCGGCUCCCGGAGGGCGCGCGCAGCCGAGCCCGGGCCCCAGAGCCUGCCCCCUCUGCUGGGCCCCGCAGCCCCGGACGAGCCGGCGCCCGCGCUCUACGCGUCGGUGUGCAAGCGGGCCAGCCGGCUUCCGGACGCCGCCGAGCACCUGUACGAGAACCUGUGCGUGCUGGACGCCGGCCCAGCGCCCGACGUCGGCUGUCCGGAGCAGGAGGGCCCGGGCGGCCGCAGCCCCCUGGCCAGCCACAUCUACCACAAUAGCCAGGACCUGGGCUGGCCCGGCGCGGCCCAUGACAGCAGCCUGGAGGCCCAGUACCGGCGGCUGCUGGAGCUGGAGCUGGCCGACGACGGCGACGAGGCGGGGGGCUGCGCCCGCGCCGGCGCCCACUUGGGCUUCAAGGCCAAGCUGGUGACGCUGCUGAGCCGCGAGCGCAGGAAGGGACCGGCUCCCUGCGACAGGCCCUGACCGAGUAUCGUGGCGGCCGGAGGAGAGGAAGGCUCUCUCCCUGGGACAAGAGGGCGGGGGAACAAUGGACAUCUGCAGACACACCCCCACACUCACUCUAGCCUGGAGGGACAAGGCAGACAGCCUGGGGAGGACCCCUCAGGUGCCCUGCUGGACCCCAGUGUACAGUGUACAGAUUUGCUGGUAAUAAAGCCUUUUAGU